GGUCCGAACGCAAUGGCGGCCUCGGUGGACGAUAAUAUGUCAAUUAAUAAAAAUGAUGACAAGCAACAACAAAUGGAACAUCCUAAUUAUAAUUGGAUUGAUGUUACACCUGAAUUUUUUGGAGCAACUAAAAAUUUACAGCUUGGUGAGCUUUUGCAUGAUGAAUUGUUUGGAUUAUUUGAAGCAAUGUCAGCAAUUGAAAUGAUGGAUCCAAAAAUGGAUGCAGGAAUGUUGUGUAAUCGUGGUAAUAAUAAACCAUAUACAUUUGAUCAAGCAGUUGAAUUAAAAAAAAUAAAAAUUGAUAAUAUAACAUCAUCUGAAAUAAUUGGUAUUAUUGAUUCAACAUAUUCAUGUAUUGUAUCAUGGUUAGAAGGACAUAGUUUAGCACAAACUGUAUUUACAAAUAUAUAUCUUCAUCAACCUGGUCAAAUAAUUGAUAAAACAUUAAGAACAUUUUGUUAUGCUGUUUAUAAAAUAAUUGAAAUAAUAAGAGAUUCAAUAAAUCGUGCAAUUGUAUAUGAAGAAGAAGAUUUUCAAAGUAUAACAUAUGGAUAUAAAUUGCAACAAGAUAUUACUGAACAAAAAACAAUAUCAAUGCUACGAGAAGUUGAAGAUGAAUUAAAUAAAAAAAGUCGUAUUAAACCAACAAAUGAAACAAAUGAAAAUGAAUAUAAUGAUGCACUUGCACUUUAUUCUAGAAUUAGAUUUACAAAAUUAUUUUAUCAAGCAUUAUCAACAAUGGGAAAAAAAGAUAAUUUAAUACAAAAUACAAAUGAUUGUCAUAAAUUUUUAUUAAAUUGUACUGAAAUGUUAAGAGUUAUGAUUAAAACAGUUUAUAGAGGUGAUAAAUUUGAUGAUACAUCAAAUCAUCCAACUGUCAUGGGUUUUGAUUCAAUGAUUAAUCAAAGAUUACUACCACCAACAUUUCCAAGAUACACUAAAAUUAGACCAAGAGUUGAAGCACUUGAAUACAUUGAUAAUUUAUUAGAUAGACUUAAAUUUAUUACUAAAAUAACAACAAGUAAUGGAUUUCACAGUGCAUUGGAUUUUUUUCUUGAAUUUUCACGACAAAGUCCAUGUAUACUUUCAAGAUCAAUGCUACAAAUAAUUUAUCAGCCAAUGAAUAAUAAAAUAUUUGGAAUUGAAAGUUUUACAAAUAUAUUAAAAGAAGCUGCUAGAAAUUUUUCAGCACCACCAUCAUUACUUCCAAAAAAUACAUUAUUACAAAAUCAUCAAGCUAAAGAUUGUGUUGAUACAUUUUUUCAUCAUUGUACAUCAAUUUUUGGUAGUCUUGUACAGCUAAGUGGUCACAAUAGAGCACGACAAAGAGAUAAAUUAGCUCAUCUUCUUGAAGAUUUUGCUAAUCUUCAUGAUGAGGCUGAACGUGUUGAUAGAUUUUUAAAUACAUUAAUUCCAAAGAAUGAUGGUUCAAGAUUACAUAUGGCUUGUUUUAGUACCUGGAUUAUGUAUCAUACAUUACGUGUUAUGGUUAUGUAUUUAUUAAGUGGAUUUGAAUUAGAAUUAUAUUCAUCACAUGAAUAUCAUUAUAUAUUUUGGUAUUUAUAUCAAUUUUUAUAUGGCUGGCUUGUAUCAGCAUUGACACGUGCUGAUUCAUUUCUUGCUGAACAAGAUUAUCAUAAUGAACAACAAAAAAGUAAAAAUAAAAAAACAGCUAAAAAUAAAAAAAAAAAAAUAACAAGACCUUAUAAUCUUGAAAUAUUAAUGUGUCAAGUAUUACAAUAUCUUUGUGGUGGUUAUUAUAAAACACUUGUUGGUUUUCGUAUGGAUGGUAAAAUAUCAUUACCCGAAGAACAAUUUGACUCUGAGCGAGUACGUUAUGAACACAGAUUAUUACCAUUUUCAUCAUUACUCAUACCACCAGCAGCUGAUUAUCAAAAAUUUUUAGAUCUUACUGUACACAAUGAAGAAAAUGAGGGAAAUACUAGUGAAAUGGAAUAUACCACAGCACUUAGACAUUUUCAAAGAGCAAGAAAUAUGCUUGAUUGUGCACUUUCAAUGUGUCAGGAUAAAAAUUCAUCAAUUGUUAAUGAGAUAAAUGAUUUAUUAAAAGUUGCCAAGACUAAUUUCAUUGUUGUCAAACUUUUGGCAUGUGGUCACAAAAAAGAAUCCAAAGAACCACCAGUCUUUGACUUUUCUUGUCAUCAACAUUUUCCAAUAAUAAAACUUGUUUAAAUAAAUUUAAUAAAAAAUUAAUUCCACCAAUAAAAUCAUUGCUAUUUUAAACUUUUUUUAAAUUAUACGAAUUUUUAAAUUAAAAAAUACAAGAUUCAGUAAUUUAUCAAUUGUAAAUUCAUGCAAAAAAAAGUAAAAAAAAAAACCUUAUCAUUUGUCUUGUCAUUUUGUUUCUUGACAGUUUGAGUAAUUUUUUUAUCCAACUAAAAACACCUUUAAAAAAAAAAAAAGUCACAGUGAUCAUUUAUAUAUUUUUCAUAACUUUCAAAACCCAAUUUGUGCAAAAUAGAUUAAAAUUAAAAUCAAAAAUAUAAAUAUGUACAUCCAAAUAACAAAUAUUAAGUUGUAAAAAGCUAUUAAGAAAAAAAUAAUAUCUACCAUUUAUUCUGUGUCCAUAUUGAUCCAAAAAAAAAAAAAAAAAAUGUAAUUAUUAUAAUUAAAAAAAAAAACGAAUAAAUUGAACAAAAGCUAUGAUUUAUGAAAAUAAAAAUACACUAUCAGUAGAGAAAUAAAUAA